UUUUUUAUUUUUUAUUUUUCUCUGAACUCACUUAAAUGGCAGGGAUUGUGGUGGUUUUCGAUUUUGACAAGACGAUCAUCGACUGCGAUAGCGAUAACUGGGUGAUCGACGACAUGGGUGCCACCCAGCUCUUCGACCAACUUCUUCCUUCCAUGCCAUGGAAUUCUCUUAUGGAUCGAAUGAUGGGAGAGCUUCACGCUCAAGGAAAGACUAUUGAAGAAAUUGCAAACUGCUUGAAAAGGGCUCCUUUAUACCCCCAGAUCAUCACAGCCAUCAAAUCAGCUUAUGCUCUUGGGUGCGAUUUGAGGAUAGUGAGCGAUGCCAAUCUCUUCUUCAUUGAGACAAUCCUCAAACACCAUGGACUGAAUGAUUACUUCUCGGAAAUCAACACAAACCCAAGUUUUGUAGAUGAAGAUGGGAAGCUUAGGAUCUUCCCAUACCAUGAUUUUACCUCUUCUCCUCAUGGUUGUACUUGCAACCAAUGCCCCCCAAACAUGUGCAAGGGCCUUAUCAUCGAGCAAAUUCGAGCAUCGGUGUUGAAGGACGGGAAGAAGCGGUUCAUUUACCUGGGUGAUGGAAAGGGAGAUUUCUGCCCGUCUUUGAAGCUAGAAGAAGGAGACCAUGUGAUGCCGAGGAAGAAUUACCCCUUGUGGGAUCUCAUCUGUGACAAUCCAUUGCUUCUCAAGGCGGAGAUUCAUGAAUGGGGAAAUGCAGAAGAGCUUGAAGGAGUCCUCCUUCAUCUCAUAAAUGAAAUCUCUUCGGUUGAAGACACCAACAACAACAGCAACUCUUCUCAGUUAUUUUCAAUUGAUUGCAAGUUUCAGACCAUUCCAGUCUCUUCACAAUAAGCUCUUCCACCGGCUCUCCCAAUGCCUCACUAACCAUGAACAUGAUCCUUCUAACGGUCAAAAAAUUUGAAUUUUAGCAAAUGACUGUCAUACGUGUUUGAUUUUUCCUUCUAGUUUUUUAUUUUUUUCUUUAAAAAAAAAAAAAAAAAAAAAAAAAACAAUGGCAAGCAAGCUUCUUGAUGUAAGUCUACUAUACUUGGGAUGUUGAAAGAGCCUUGUUGGUCUCACUUCAAAUUCCAUGGAUUUCUUGUUUUGUA